GGCUUUUAUCGCAAUCACCUGUAAAUACAGCUUGGUCACGUACAGGAUAUUUUGCUCUCUACGUCCGUCAACCUACGUUUACGCUGCGUCGUUGUGUGCCCGCGCCCUUAUACUUGACAGUGUACGAUAAGAAGGUGAAUUCGGCUGAUAACUCAAAAACGGGCAAGUCAUUUCACUUAAUCUGUAACUAAAAACUUCAUUCUAAAUGCUUUAGGUGGCAUUCGCUUAAGAUAGCAGUCCAACCAGCAGCGUUCGAAAUCAGCCAUUGAUUUAAUAAAUGGCUAGGCAGCGACGCAAUGUUAGCGCAGCUGGCAGCAGCACGAAUUCAAACACUGGCAACAGCACUGCCAGCAAGUCCAGUGGGAGCAAUCCGCAAACGCCAACAAAUGCUGCAACCAAUAACCCAAGCAAAGGCAGCAAAAGUUCCGCCAAACACAAGAAGAGUGACUCGCACUCGACAAACAGCAGCGGAGGCAACAGCAAUUCUAGUUCUAGUACAACGUCCUCUCCUAACCCCGGAGCAAAUAAGUCAAAAGGAGCACACAAGAAUCGUAACAGUUUCUCAUUAUGGCCCAAUAUAAUGUUGGACAAAUGGAAAACGCUAAUAGGUUGUGUUUGCUUGGGCGUUGCAUCCUAUUUUGGCUACUUGGGUUACCUAGAAACGCGUGUAAAUACUCCAUUCGAUAAUGAAAAGAUGGUAACACGCACAGGAUUGGACGACCCCGAGCGUUAUUGGGGUUCAUAUAGGCCAAAUACUUAUUUUGGGAUGAAAACACGUGACCCGCACUCCUUGGUAAUGGGGCUGAUGUGGUAUAGUCCGUACAAUUUGGGACAUGGGGGUAGAGGCAUACGCCACUGGUGUGAAAUAGGGGACAACUUGGAAAAAUACGGUUGGACGCAUCAUGAUGGCCGCACAUUUGGUGUGCAAGAAAUACGUGAUCAGCCAUUUGAACUGAAGACUUCUUUUGUUAAAUAUCCGACUGGUAAACAAUUCGGAGGCGAUUGGACAGCGCGUAUAUCUGCGCAAAAUAUUUCGAAAACAUUCGAUCGCACAUUUUCAUUGAUUUGGUAUGUAGCGCUAGAUGAACGCACCAAUGGGCAAAUUAGGUACGUUUCCAACGACAACAGUCCUGAGGCAGGUGUCUAUGGCGAGACACUUGGACUGGGAGAGUUCAAGGUGCGUUUCCAUCCAAUUAAAGGUAGAGUUCUACAUAAAUCCUAUUUGAGCACAGUAGCUCCAUCGCUUAGCAAACUGAAGGAAACUGUCUUCGCACACUUCCGCGUAUUUUCUGAUAGCCAGGGCAGGCGGUUUAUUGGAUUGCCAGGAGAAAUGAUUUCGCAAAAUGGCGCGCUUCCGGACGAGCCCAAUUUCAUUGCCAUACAAAUCACCACUGAAGUGAAUUUUACAAUGGAUAUCACUUAUCAGUCCACAUCUGGUUAUUCACACGGUGAGAGUAUAUCCAAACCGCCCACAGCUAAAGAGUUUACCAAUUCUUUGCAAGAUAAAUUGGCUGAUUUCGAUACGCAAUUUGAGGGCACAUUCCAUUUGCAGGCCAAGGGAUAUUCAGCUGACGAAAUAAAAUUCGCAAAAUAUGCAGUGAGCAAUCUAAUAGGCGGUAUCGGCUACUUCUAUGGUUCAAGUAAAGUAAAAUCAGUAUACACUAAAAAACCAGUACCUUAUUGGAAAGCUCCAUUGUACACCGCUGUACCGUCACGCUCCUUCUUUCCACGCGGUUUUUUGUGGGAUGAAGGCUUUCAAUCCUUAAUUAUAGCAUCUUGGGAUUUGGAUAUUGCAUUGGAUAUUAUGUGUCACUGGUUUGACCUACUCAACAUUGAAGGAUGGAUACCGCGAGAACAGAUUUUAGGUGUAGAAGCACUAGCGAAAGUACCAGAUGAGUUUGUAGUUCAACACAAUAGCAACGCCAAUCCGCCCACGUUUUUCCUCACACUUGACAAAAUACUUACGCAUCAUAAGAAAGAGCUUUCGGUGAAGGGGCGACUCGACAUAUUGGAGCGUCUGUACCCUCGUUUACAAGCAUGGUUUUCAUGGUACAAUACUACACAACGUGGUGAAAUAUUGGGCACAUACUAUUGGCGCGGACGAAAUGCUUCUAGCGAGCUUGAAUUGAACCCCAAAACCUUAACAUCCGGAUUGGAUGACUUCCCACGUGCCUCGCAUCCCACCAGCUAUGAACGACAUGUCGAUUUGCGUUGCUGGAUUGCACUAGCAGCAAGGGUGAUGAGUGAUUUAUCUGACAUACUUGGAAAAGAUAGCAUUAAAUACUAUGAAACAGCAUCAUUUCUGGCAGAUAACAAAUUGCUAAAUGAGCAUCAUUUGAGUCCAUUCAUAGAGACCUAUACAGACUGGGGGCUGCACACAGAUGCGGUAGUACUUAAACGUCCAAAGGUGACAAAACAAAACUUUAUGAGAAAUCAGCAACCACAAUUGGAAAUGGUGCGUGUAACUCUAAAGCAACCCGAGCGGCAAUUUGUCGACUCGACAUAUGGCUACGUGAAUUUAUUCCCAUUUCUAUUACAUAUACUCGAUCACGAUUCAGAGUACUUAGGUAAGUUGCUCAGCAAUCUCCGUGAUCCAAAUGUACUAUGGACGAAUUACGGGAUUCGUUCGUUAUCCAAGAACUCGCCGUUGUACAUGAAACGCAACACUGAGCAUGAUCCACCAUAUUGGCGUGGUCCAAUUUGGAUAAACAUAAACUAUUUAGCGAUAAGAGCGUUACACCACUACGGUACCAUUGAGGGACCAUAUGCUGCGCUGGCACGGGAAAUCUACGCUGAACUGCGCGAGAAUGUUGUUGGAAAUAUAUUCCGUGAAUACAAGAGAACCGGUUAUCUGUGGGAACAGUACGAUGACACCACAGGACACGGAAAAGGCUGCUAUCCUUUCACGGGCUGGACCUCGCUGGUUGUACUAAUUAUGGCAGAGACAUAUUAAAUUCAUUAGGCGAUUUAUGAUUUAUAACUAUAAGUUUUUAACUGCACAGCAUAACUGAAAUUGCAUGAAAUGCCAAUUUACCGAAGUUGAUCUCUUAUCACCCCAAAAGCAUUUUCUGCCGAUUUCCAUGAUAUGUAAUGUGUAGAGUUUAAUGAGUAAAUGUAAAUGUAGCAAUAAUAAUAAGGCCAAAAAUUACGAAAGUUACGAACAAUAAACGAAAAAUAACCUAGCAAUUAGA